AUGCCCAGAGCGGGCGUAUUUUGGAAACAAUACCGCGAGGUGCCUAGUGGCCUCCUCCCGCGCCGGUCCACGGCCACUGCAGCCGCCGCCCCUUCCCGCGCCUCACGCCUCCCUCCGCUGCCCGCUGGGCUUUCUCCCUCCUUCCCAAUCGAAUCUGGGCGCCGUCCCCGAUUGCUCGUCACGCUGGACCCUGGCGCGGAGCCCUGGCAUCACGACUCAGAGGCCGAGACACUCUCCUGGAGUCACCCAGGAGAGAUGGAACCACCUCAGUGUGUGGAGGAGCUGGAGGAUGAUGUGUUCCAACCAGAGGAUGGGGAGUCUGGGACGCAGCCCCGGAGCUUGCUCUCUGCUGACCUGUUUGCCCAGAGCCAGCUGGACUGCCCCCUCAGCCGGCUUCAGCUCUUCCCUCUCACCCACUGCUGUGGCCCUGGGCUUCGACCCUCCAGCCAGGAAGAUAAAGCCACUCAGACCCUCAGCCCAGCCUCCCCAAGCCAGGGUGUAAUGCUGCCUUGUGGGGUGACCGAGGAACCCCAGCGACUCUUUUAUGGCAAUGCUGGCUACCGGCUCCCUCUCCCUGCCAGUUUCCCUGCAGGUUUGCCACUUGGGGAGCAGCCCCCUGAAGGGCAGUGGCAACAUCGAGCAGAGGUACAGAUUGCCCGAAAGCUUCAAUGCAUUGCAGACCAGUUCCACCGGCUUCACGUGCAGCGGCAUCAGCAGAACCGAAAUCGUGCAUGGUGGCAGGUCUUCCUCUUCCUACACAACCUCGCUUUGAAUGGAGAAGAAAACAGGAACGGGGCAGGUCCUAGGUGAGACUGGGCUGCCCUCUUCACAUGGGGCACCAG